AUGUCUGUAUGGAGGACAGACAUAUUUUAUAAUCCACGUCUUUCUAUUUAUUUUCCUUAUACUCUAAUCAUUGCUAUGACGAUGACGCCAGCGCAGCUUCACUGUGCCAACUGAAACUCCGGAGCUGGAGGCCUUUCUCUGAGCUCAACACUCAAAAAGAGCUUAGAAAAGAUUAGGUCAGCUCAAAUUUUCCGUCUUCUCAAGUACUCAGGAUUCAGCUUUCCUUCACAAGUGUAUUAGAGAAAGGGGUUAUUGCUUAAUCCUUCAAUUUACACGCAUAAACCUCGAAUUUUUUCUCAUGGGUAAAGGUGGAGGGUGCGUUCCGAGCAAGAAGAGGCUGCCCUUAGUUGCUUCAGACGAUCCUCCCCAAAACCCAGAAAGGGAUUCGUCAAUCCCUGCUCAUGAUAAUCAAAACCCUAGCGUCAAUGCAUCAGUCGAGGAUGGUUCUUUGGUUUCAGUCAGGAAGCUGAGAAUAUUCAUAGUGUUCUACUCAAUGUACGGGCAUGUGGAGCGUUUGGCGAGGAGGAUGAAGAAGGGGGUCGACGGCAUUGAAGGGGUUGAAGGGGUUUUGUAUCGGGUGCCCGAGACGCUGCCGCCGGAGAUUCUUGACCAAAUGAAGGUGCCCGAGAAGGACGAUCCGGUUCCGGUGAUAUCGGCGGAGGAAUUGGUCGGCGCCGACGGGAUUCUGUUCGGGUUUCCGACGAGGUACGGGUGCAUGGCGGCGCAAAUGAAGGCGUUCUUCGAUUCGACGGGACAGUUGUGGAGGGAGCAGAAGCUUGCGGGUGUGCCUGCUGGGUUCUUCGUCAGUACGGGUACGCAGGGUGGAGGACAGGAGACGACGGCUUGGACAGCAAUUACCCAAUUAGCUCACCAUGGAAUGCUCUUUGUUCCCAUUGGCUACACCUUUGGAGCUGGAAUGUUCAGAAUGGACUCCAUUAGAGGGGGUUCUCCAUAUGGUGCAGGGGUUUUUUCUGGCGAUGGCUCGAGGGAACCAACUGAAACAGAGCUGGCACUUGCAGAGCAUCAGGGCAAGUACAUGGCUUCAGUAGUCAAGAGGUUCAACCAGCCUCGUUCGCUACAUCCAUAGCUAGUAGCCCUGUUGAACCAGCAUCCACUGAUUGUAACCAGUGUUCAUUUCUUUCAUAAUGGUCUCCCAAUACCAUGCAUUAGUAAAUUUUAGAUACCUAAAGGACUCAUUCCCUUUUGGAUUAAGUAUGUAUUCUGAUCUUUACAUUUUUAAAGAUUGAUCAUUGUUGUAUAAACUUGUAUAGUAUGAAAAUCUUCUGGUCGAUUGUAUUUUUACUACUACUUUUAAUAAAGUUGUUUAUUGUGUCGUCCCUUGCCAAA